AAUAUAGAGAGAGGCGAUGGUCGGGUUUGGGAUUUGAUUGAUUGAGCUCAGAAAUGCCGGUCAGAGCGGCAGAGACCUCCGCGCCUCCUCAACACCAUUCAGGUUCAAACUGCGGACAUACAUCUCCCCCACCCUUCACACUUUUAAGCGUUGGCCAGGGCUUCUCCGGUACUCAAAAUGUUUCGAGUCUGCAGAAAGAAGAAGCUUGGAGAGUAAAUGUUCGGAUACAAGGGUGUGAUCUUGAGAAUGGUUAUCUGUGUGGAACCAUGGAAGCACUUAAUGUUCCCAUGGCUGACACACCAGUCGUCACCUUUUGGGAAGGGGAGAUUGUUGACACCAAGAAUUAUACUUUCUUCACUGAGAAGUGGGAAGCAACACACGAUGAUGAUAUAAGGCACUGGACCAAAUUUCCUUCUUUUUCUGCUCUUUUGAGCCGAGUGGAAGUUGAUGGUGGCAAAUCAUUAGAUCUCAGCAACUAUAAAUACAUAUUCAUGAGAUGGAAGGAGCAAUACUUUGUGAAUGUUGGCACAGACUGUGGUUUGACUAUAGCCGGCUUUUACUAUGUGUGUUUCUCAUGUAGUGAUGGCUCCAUCAACGGCUUUUAUUAUGAUCCUAAUAGCAGCCCGUUCCAGAAGCUUGAGCUGAAAUCCACAAAUGAGGGAAGAUUAGGAUUCAGUUUUUCGUCCUACGAACUGCGAUAGUAUUUGUCAUACAUAUAUUCUCUCUUUUGUACAAGCAUGGUAGACGUUAACAAUAUGUAGAUUCGUUUUGUGUUAGUAAUGGUACGUAACGAGCUGUGUUGUGAUUACCAUAUACUAGUGACUUUGAGAUGAUAUCAUGCAUUUGAUCGUGAA